UGCUUGCUGUUGUUGGAUGUUUGGUUGCUUGAAUUGAUUUGCUGACUGCUGUGCUGCGCAACUAGUUCUCUACCUCCCCCGUUGCGGCUGCUGCGCGCCAGUAUGCUACCCGUCCCCGCAUGAACAUCCUGUCGACCUCGCCUGCGCUGGGCCUCCGCAAGCCGCUUGCUUUCGCGCCCGCUGCCGCGGCUGUGAGGUAUGCUUCGACGACACCCGCCACCACCGCCGCCGCCGCAGCAGCGGCUCCCGCAGCAACAGAGAACGCGACGGCCGCGAGCGCCGCGGCUGGCAUGCCUGGCGCCGACGCAGCCACGCAGGCGACGACGAACCUGGACGUCGUGUCGGACGCGUUCCUCUCCAAUAUGAUCUCGACGAUGCCCGAGCAGAUUGGAUACCUGAAGGCCAUUGGGCUGGACUACGGGUGGGGCCCGACAAGCUGCAUCCAGUGGCUUCUGGAGCACGUGCACGUGUUUGCGGGCACGCCGUGGUGGGCCAGCAUCAUGCUGACGGCGAUAGUGGUGCGCGCCGGCCUAUUCAGGAUCUUCGCCAUGACGUCGGACAUUGGGGCGCGGCAGGGGGCGAUGAAGACGGUCGUGGCGCCCAUCAACGCGCGCAUGCAGGCCGCUCGCGCCGCGGGCAACACCGAGGAAAUGAUGAUGGCGCGCAGCGAGCUCAUGCAGGUCUACAAGGCCGCCGGUAUCAACCCCGUCAAGGCUUUUGUGGCCCCGGUUGUGCAGGCUGUCACCGGUUAUUGCACCUGGAAGCUGCUGCGCGGCAUGUCGGCGCUGCCGGUCCCGGGCUUUGAGACUGGCGGCUUCCUCUGGGUCAAGGACCUUACCCUCUCGGACCCUUAUUUUCUGCUGCCCCUUGGCUUUGGUGCCAUGAUCCACUUCGUGGCUAAGCGCGGCGGCGAAACGGGCGCCAUUCAGACGCUCACGGGGCUGCAGCGCAAGUUCCUGCUAUAUAUCAUGCCGUCGCUUGCCGUGGUCUUCACGUUUGCGCAGCCGGCGUCGGUGGUGCUCUCGUUCGUGACGGCCUCGUUCCUGGGCAUGGUGCAGGCGCGCGUGCUGCAGACCCCGGCUGUGCGCGAGAAGCUGGGCCUGGCGCCCAUUGUGGCAGCGCCAGUCAACCCGUUCAGCAGCGACGACGGCAGCGGGGCCAGCGGGCCCACGACCAUCAACACGACGGCGACGUCGCGCCCGGGCUUCGGAUACCAGCCGCCGACGGUGAAGUCGACGGUGCAGGAGGCGGGGCCCGAGGCCACGGCCGAGCCCAAGGACGGCGGCAUGCUUUCGGGCGCGCGCAAGAGCUUCCGCAACACGAGCAAGGAGAUUAGCGAGGGCAUCCAGAACGCAAAGACGCGCGCUGGCUUGGUCGACGAUAAGCCGUCGGCGAAGACGGGCCAUAGCAAGGACUUUUUGAAGAGGGCCGAGGAGUACGAGAAGAGGCGGGCGUUGGAGGACCAGCAGGCGCGGCUGGAGCGCCAGCAGCGGAGGCGGAGGUCGCGCGAGUAAAGGGGAGGAAUGUUUGUUGUCUAUCUGUCUAGCUAGGUAGGUAGUUUUCUGGGAGAGGCAGGGGAGGGACUGUGCAUAUGCGCGCGCGCUUGUAGUAGUAUUUUCGGGACUGAAGAAGGUGGUGGUGGUGCAUGUAGGAUUAGGAGUAG